UUCGAGCCGUUGAGACACGCGUGCGUUUGUGGUGAGAUUGGAAGGCUUUGGACUUUGGAAACGACCAAGCGGCGAACUCGAGGACUUUGGUGCAGUUGUUUUUUUUUCACUCGUUUUUGGAAUAGUAACGAAGUUGUUGUAACAUGCUGUGAGAUUAGUGAACGUGGAUUGUGCAACACUAUCUUGUGACUUGAGUGGAUUUAGUGGAAGCUGUCAACAGCUGAUUACCGGAUAAACUUCAGUUCUACGUUGACUCCGAAAAAAACAGAAAGGGGUGACUGUUCGUUCUGGUCGAGUUCCGGUUUCGAUUGCGAAGCAGAACUUGGAUUGUGGCUGCAAGUUUGUCACUUCACCACCAUUCCGAUAUGACAGUGUUGUAAGUUAAAAUCUUGUGGUCCCCAGCGGCACAACACCAUCGCGGUAGCAGCAGUAGUAGUAGGUUUGGUGGUAUGGCACACAGAGGGGGGCAGCUCUGCUAGGCUGCUAGGUGGUGAAAUCGAUAUUGUGCAAUUGCGAUCGGCGGUUAUUUUCUUUCUUCGCUGUACUUUGCCUAGCGAUGCUCGAGAAAAGCAUAAGGGAAGAAAAUGUGAAAAUUGUUAUUUGAUCGACAAGUGAUUUUGGUGCGUGUAUUGCAGUUAUCAAAGUAACGUGCGAGAAAAUGGUAAAAUUUAAUUGCCAUUAAGGCAUGUGUAUUCAUGUUUGCAAGUUGCAUCUCCGUACAAAAAAUCAAGGAAGCGUAAAUUAACCACAAGAGAUCCCAAGUGCACCGAAUGAAAUAUACACUCGAAAUCGAUGAUCGCGAACAUUGUGCAGUUUUUCGAUUUGUUCUGAGUGUCGAAGUACUGCACCAGUGUGAAUAAGAGAGAAGGAUAGUGAGCGGGAGGAGAAACUACUUACCGAGAUGGGGCACUUUGAAUGCAAAUCUGUUGCAUACAUAUGCAUUCUGUUACUGAACGUUGGAUUACAGUUGCAGCAAUCGUCAGCGCAGCAAAGCAACUUCUUUUUCACCCAACCGCAGCGUGGCUUUGUGCCUUCGUUCGAAAAUCCCCGAAACGGGUUUUUUCCUUCGUCCAUUCAGCGAAAUCAGCCACCCGACUCGUACCAGGAGCAAACGCUGUUCGUCGGCAACGGACCCGGUAGCAGCAGCGCUGGCCAUCAGCGUCAACCGUCCAGCCGGGGAGUGGCCACUGGCAGCGUUGUAGAUUCCAGCGGAGAUGACACCAGCGGUCAGGUGCCAUCGCGUAACGGUGUAACGCCGUCGUACUUUCAGUUCACCUACACGACACCAAGAAACCAGGAUAUUUUUGAAAUAUCGCCCCGUCCGUUCUCGGUGACACCCCAGCCUAAUUCUGGCUUCCAGUACUCGCGUGGAUCGGUGCGCAAUUCCGAUUACUUUGUCGCACCAGCGUUGCCCAGUUCGACGAGAAAUUUUCCGGCAGGUAGCAAUCCCGGCAUCAGUGGCAGCGGGAGCAGCCACAGCUAUCGACAGACCCAGCGAAAAAGUCCCUUCAGUAGCAGUGCCACUGGAACGAGCCUUACCGGUGCGGAGCCGGUCUCGACCGACGGACCUCAGCGUCCCCUGUCGGCGGAAACGGGCGGAAGACGUGACCAGCAGCAGCCGCCACUAACGUUCAUCUCGAACCGGGCACGACCAUUCGGCAACGAGGAUUCACAGCCACUUUCGCCACCGCGGAGCUACCUCAGCUCGACGGCGGCACAACAAAGACAGCAGAACCAACCCAGCUCGGCACGGCAACCGCCGUCGGCAGUGCGAAACGGUUUCCGCCCAAAGACGGAAGAACCGCCCAGCGCUGGUCAGCAACAGAAUGAAACGAACAAUGGUGGCAAUGGUGGCAGUAGUAGCAGCAGUAGCAGCAGCAGCAGCAGGUACAGCAAAACCACUUUGAAGCCCAAUCGAUAUCGAUCUACGACCACACUGGAACCGGUUACUGCCAAAAGUACCACUGUGGAGACCGUUGUGCUGAGGAAUCGAUUUCCCGGACGGACUCCGGCCCCGAAUCCCUUCCGUCAGGCAUUCGAUUCCAAACGAGUAGUUGCAACGAACGCAGCGAGCCCUUCACGUGGUACCUUUGUCAAUUCAAUUAAAACGAAAACUUCGACACCCUCAACGACUAUUUCUACGACGACGACGACGACAACGACAACAGCGAAAUCAACAAAACUGCCAGCUUCGCAUUCCCGGUUUAUUCACCUGCCGGCGCGUCCAGUCAUUCCAUCGAUCAACAUAACGCACAACGGCUCAGCAAAGUCCGCUGAAGUGAUCUACGAUUAUGACGAUUACGUUGAAGAUGACAAGGAUGGUAACGAUUUCACCGAUGACCAGCAGGAGAUCAAUGACUUUAAACCUACCGCACUUAAAAAUGCUUCAGCAAGCUCUAGCAGAGAGGAGAACAACUUGUUCCCCAGUACCACUACCGGUGCCCCAAGUAGCACAACCGGUAAGCAGUUUGAGAAUGAAGAACGGGGCGGUAGUCUAAACAAUAUAAAUGAAAAUGAGUAUUAUGACUUGGUGCGUGAAAGCGACGGACGGAACAACGAAGAAAAAAUCGAAGAUCACACGGUUAUUCUAACGGAUAAUUUUUAUUUGCCCAACUCUGGGUCGGAAGAAUUGACUGAUGAAGAGUUCGAGGAAGACGACCAUGAAGUGGAAACCGAACUGCCGAAGAAGCAGGUGCCUUCAGUAGCCCCUGUACAACAAGAGCCAAAGAAGGAGGUUGAAGCUGUGUAUGACGAUGAAUACACUUACGAAGAUGAGGAACCAGUUGUUAGUACUACUGCGCAAACGGAAGUGAAACCAAAUCCUCCUGCACAGAAGGAAUUGCUGGAAGAUAUCGAUACGUUACUUUACUCAGAAGAGGACGUUGAGGAUGAAUCGUCAGUAAAACAAGCUUCUGAGACGGCGACAACACGCCCGACACCGUUGGAAGUCAGCUCUACAACUGCUAGCUCGACACCAACUGUAAGUACAGAGUCCACAAGUCAAGAAAUAACCACGACUACGGAACGGACCCUAAAUAGUUCGUUAGAAACGGAAAUUACAUCCAAUGCGACCACCGAGAGUUGGGUUGUAAUAGCGUCUGUUCAAACUAGCAGAAGUGUGUCGGGAGCGCGUUUUCUACCAUUCCCUCAAGUAGAACAGGACGAGAAGAAACAGAGUUUAUCGGAGUUGGAUGCGAAGAACAGCAAUGAGAGUGAUGAACCGGAUGUGACAACGGCGAGUAGCCAAGAAGUGGAGAAAACAACAGUUUCACCCCAGGAAACCGUGCUGUCGGUGACAGAUGAUUCCGAUACACCAACCACUGAGAAGACACUCAGCUCUUUGUCCACGGAAAGCAUUAUAGAUAAAUUGGACCGUGUGCAGUCGGAGUUGUCCAGUGGUGUGUUGACUGGAAAAUUCCCAGUGCUCAAAGAAAUGGCCACCGAAGAUUCAAAAGCUCCCACUUCCUCUUCGCUUCCGACAGUUAUGAUUCGUAAAUUCCAACCGAGAGUGAUCACCACUAAGAAACCUCGACCGGUAUUUACCACCUCGCAAAAGCCACCAACUAGCACGGAAAACCUAGCUAAAAAGAUUAAUUUUGAUGCCAUUGCUGUAGACGAUAUUUCGUUACUUUUACCGGCAGAUUAUAAACAGAAAAAUGCUUACAAGGUAAAAAAAUUCGGAGCAGGUGGUUCAACUCACGAGCCGCUGGCAGUUGCCAGAGAAGUACUCAAUGAGGAACCCCUAAGACCGGAGUUUGGUAGCCGUUUCCGACCUGCGAAUAUUAGUAGAUCAUACAAGAGUAACGUUCCAGUGCAAGAGCUGAGUUCGCUAUUGCCCAAAGAUUACCGGGCCAACCGAACUGAGGAGGAAGUGAAGACGACGAACAAUCUCAAAGAACUGAUUAGUAAGAUAAAAGUUAGCGAUAAAUCGAAUGUGACCUUGGAUAUCCUAAAGAAAGCACAACCAGUUGAUAUAAGCUCAUUUUUGCCCCCUGGUUACAAGCCACCAGCUGAGUCGAAUCCCAGUACAAAAGCUCCAAAGACAGCUGUUAUCGAGGACGACGUGAGCAAGUUGCUCCCCCCUGGGUACAAAUCAUUCAAAACUACAAAGAAACCCACAACAACUACUGCACCCAUUGACGAUGAUGUCAGUAAGCUCCUUCCUUCUGGAUACAAGCCACCGAAGGGCGACACCAAGUUUGUAUUGAACGACAACAUCGGCAAGUUUUUGCCACCAGGUUACAAACCUUCGAAAACUGAAACAAGCACAAAAGGGUCUCCCGUUUUUAGCGAAGAUGUUAGCAAAUUUCUUCCACCCGGAUAUAAGCCACCAGCGGAUGAAAAACCGGAACCUGAAGUAAUCGAUCCUUCUACUUUGCUGAAAAACAUCAAUUUCAAAGAUGUUUCGGCUUUGCUUCCUCCUGGAUUCAAUGAGUCCAAACCAGAACCGAACAUCAACAGUAGCAACGCCGCUGCUGGUGGAGAUAAAAGCUUUAAAGUUGUAUUUCCCAGUCGUCCGGGUGUGAAAAAACCUGGAUCUGGACGUUCAACAACCGCUAAGCCAUUGCAUGCCGAGGGACCGCCUGUGCCUGAUAUAACGAUUCGUAAAGGCCCUCCAACACGUGCCACAACUGAAUUUACCGGUUGGCCAACACCGCCCACGACACCGCUUUCGAUUGAGAAGUUACUGGAAAGACAAAAGCAGCAAGAACUGCUGGAAAAAUUACUAGCAGCUCCAAGUACGACGACAACUACUACGACCACAACCACCACGACAACCACAACACCUAGACCAACGGAACCCGGCCUGUGUCAUUCGGAAUGUGACCUAGCCGGAACGAUACGCAUUGUCGACGGUGUUAAGUGGGUACCGGAAUUGCUAGAUCACAACACUGCUGAGUGGAAACAGCUAGCCAAGGACGUUGAAGCUCAGCUGAAUGAAGUUUACAGCAAAGCACAGAAUCUAAGUAAAUGGUACAAAAAAGUGCGUAUCGAUAGCUUCAGCAAAGGAAGUGUUCUGGUGGACUAUUUUGUUGAACUGAAAGAUCUGACGCAGGACGUCAACACUUUGGAGAUUAAGAAACUGUUUCAUGAAGCGCUGACGCCGGCGCCAGUGGUAACGACAACCACUCCGGAGCCGAGUACCGAUCUGGACGAAGCGGACGACCAAGAACUGAAGGUGCUGGGUGUGCAGGCUAAGGCAAGUUUACAAGCGCCGGUACCUCACGUCAAGGAGGUAUUCCUGCUGGGUAAAUUCAAAGUUGAUCCAGUUGCGACCGAUUUUACCGUUAUUCCGAAACAGAUUCUCCCAACGGUAACUACCGAGGAGGAAGAUCUACUUCUACCGCAGUGGGCGAUAGCCGUUAUCGUGAUUGGACUGGCAUCACUUCUGUUUGUUGUCAUUUUUGGCGUCUCUGUGCUAAUCAACCGCCAAAAGGCAGCUAAAAAGAAGGCCCCGACACCUCUAACGGCAGAUAUGUUGAACGAGCUGAAUAAGAACCACAUGGGAGGAAUCGACAAUUUCGGAUCAGAAGAUUUGUACAAUCUAGACGACAACUGGGAUGAUCAUGGGCACGAUGUUAAGCCAAAGCGCUUCUCCAAUUCUAUGCACGGCAGUAGUGCGUCCAACAUCUACGACAGUUGGCGCUCACAGCGUCAUCCAGACUACUACUACGAUGAUUACGGCCUGAAGGGUUCGCAUUAUCCACCCUCGGCCAGUCACCACCACCAUCAUCGGUUACAUGAUGCGGCCUUUAUGAUGCACGAACCGCCACCACCGCCGGUAAUGGCACUAUACCCGCCGUACCAUCAUGCGCCGGCACCUCCAAGUGGCCACUACAACACCAACUCGCGACGGUACUACCGAGAUUAUGAUCCCAAUUUUUAAUGGGUUUCACCAGUUCCGUAUUGUCAUCCCACAUCCACCCUUUGCAAUAGUGCUCUGUAAUUUCCCCGUCAUUCCAUCGUCCUUCAUGAAUUUACUCUGAGCCGUCAACGCCGCUCAGAUCAACAGUGCUGUACUCUAGCUGGUACUCCUUCCUUUCCUCAGUUUACACAUCUAGUAGGGCUUUAUUGUUUAGUAGGAUAUUUUCUAAUGUAAAUAAAUUAUUUAUUUUGUAAAAAUGGACAAAAUUUACAACGAGAAA